CCGGAAGUGGAGGGAGGGGGUGAAAAUGGCGCCCAGCUCGAAAUCGGAGCGGAACAGCGGGGCCGGGAGCGGCGGCGGCGGCCCUGGGGGAGCCGGGGGCAAGCGGGCAACGGGGCGACGGCGGGAACACGUCCUCAAGCAGCUGGAGCGGGUCAAGAUCAGCGGGCAGCUGUCCCCUCGCCUGUUCCGGAAGCUCCCGCCCAGGGUCUGCGUGUCGCUCAAGAACAUUGUGGAUGAGGAUUUCCUCUACGCGGGCCACAUCUUCCUGGGCUUCUCCAAGUGCGGCCGCUACGUGCUCUCCUACACCAGCAGCAGCGGCGACGACGACUUCUCCUUCUACAUCUACCACCUGUACUGGUGGGAGUUCAACGUGCACAGCAAGCUCAAGCUGGUGCGGCAGGUGCGGCUCUUCCAGGACGAGGAGAUCUACAGCGACCUGUACCUGACGGUGUGCGAGUGGCCCAGCGACGCCUCCAAGGUCAUCGUCUUCGGCUUCAACACCCGCUCGGCCAAUGGCAUGCUCAUGAACAUGAUGAUGAUGAGUGACGAGAACCACCGGGACAUCUACAUCAGCACCGUGGCCGUGCCGCCGCCGGGCCGCUGUGCCGCCUGCCAGGACGCCAGCCGGGCGCACCCAGGCGACCCGGGCGCGCAGUGCCUGCGGCACGGCUUCAUGCUGCACACCAAGUACCAGGUGGUGUACCCCUUCCCCACCUUCCAGCCCGCCUUCCAGCUCAAGAAAGACCAGGUGGUGCUGCUCAACACCAGCUACUCCCUGGUGGCCUGCGCCGUCUCCGUGCACGCGCCCGGUGACAGCGACUUCUGCCAAGUCCUCUACGACCACACAGCCUGCCCCCCGGCCACCCCUAGCCCCCCGGGACCCCGGAGCCCAGAGGCACCUCCCUCCGCCCCCAGCCCCUGUCCUGAGGCCGCCCCCGCCCGGCCCUCCGGGGCCCCCGAGUCCUCGCCUGCCAUGGCCAAAGCCAAGGAGUUUGUGGCCGACAUCUUCCGCAGGGCCAGGGAGGCCAAGGGGGGCGCCUCUGAGGAGACCCGGCCGCCCCCCGGCCCAGGACCCUCCGGCAGCCGCUGCCGCCUCUCCUCUGAGCCCCCCGCCCCAUGUGCGGAGGCGGCAGCGGGCGCCCGGGACAGCCCGCCCGCGGCCCAGGCUCCAGCCCCAGAGCCCGGCUACGUCAACUACACCAAGCUGUACUACGUGCUGGGGUCCAGUGAGGGGCCCGAACCCGGGGACGGGUUCGAAGACGACAAGAUCUCGCUGCCCUUCGUGGUGACCGACUUGCGCGGCCGCAACCUGCGGCCCAUGCGGGAGCGGACGGCUGUCCAGGGCCAGUACCUGACGGUGGAGCAGCUGACGCUGGACUUCGAGUACGUCAUCAAUGAGGUCAUCCGCCACGACGCCACCUGGGGCCACCAGUUCUGCUCCUUCAGCGACUACGACAUCGUCAUUCUGGAGGUCUGCCCGGAGACCAGCCAGGUGCUCAUCAACAUCGGCCUGCUGCUGCUGGCCUUCCCGGCCCCCAGCGAAGAGGGCCAGCUGCGACCGAAGACCUAUCACACCAGCCUCAAGGUGGCCUGGGACCUGAACACCGGCAUCUUCGAGACCGUGAGCGUGGGCGGCCUCACCGAGGUCAAGGGGCAGACAAGCGGCAGUGUGUGGAGCUCCUACCGCAAGAGCUGCGUGGACAUGGUUAUGAAGUGGCUGGUGCCCGAGAGCAGCGGCCGCUACGUGAACCGGAUGACCAACGAGGCGCUGCACAAAGGUGGGCGCGGGGCGGGGCCGGCUGGGGGCGUGGCGAUCAUGCCUGGGGGCUGGGCCGCACAGAGGCAGUGUCCUGAACACGCUGGGCCCCCACAGGGUGCUCGCUGAAGGUGCUGGCGGACAGCGAGCGGUACACGUGGAUCGUGCUGUGAGGGCCGGCGGCUGCCCCCGGACACGGACACUGCCUCCAACUACCUCCGCGGCGCCGCCCAGCCGCCGGCCUUGCGGGAGGGGGCGGCGCCUGCAGUCUGGACGCUCGUUAUUUAUGCCUAUUUAAGUGGGAAAGGGGCCCGGGGAGGGCGCCCAUACCCCGGAGCCGCGCGCGCGCGCGCCCCAGCCCCCUCCCCCAAAGCCGCGCGCGCCCUCCCCGCUUGGUCCUCUCCGUGUAAUAAAUGUUGCAGCCCCUGCCCGCUAAGGGCCCGGCGGCAG